CAUUAAUAUAACCGUUGAGGUGGAGCUAGCAAAACAUUUAAAGACACUGAAAGCAACCAAGACAAAAACUUGCCCAAAAAGUUCCCAAAACCCCACAAGCCAACAGUCUAUAUAGAAAAACCCUGUGUCCCUUGUUUUCAACCAAAAUCCUUCUCUAGAAACGCCCGAAUAUUUCCAAACAAAUUUCCAAAUGGGCUUGCCACCGAAAGCUCUCUCUCUCUUUUCUAUUUCUUCCCUUUUCUUCAUCACAAUUUUCCUGUUCUUUCCCUCUGCUAUAAUUGCUGCAGACGACACAAACUUGGUCUACAAGGGCUGUGCAGAUCAAAAAUUCCAAGACUCAACUGGGAUUUACUCUCAAAACCUCAAGACCCUUUUGUCUUCUCUGGUUUCCCAAUCUUCACAGAAACCUUUCUCCAACGCCACCUCUGGUGGAGGCCAAAAUGACAUUUUGGGUCUGUACCAAUGCAGAGGGGACCUCACUGUCUCUGACUGCAACAACUGUGUGAGCAAGGUAUCAGCCAUGGCUGACAACCUCUGUGGCAAAGCCAUAGCUGCUAGGAUUCAACUGUACGGGUGUUACCUGCGGUACGAGGUUGUUGGGUUCAAACAAGUUUCUGAUACAGAGCUGUUGUACAAGGCGUGUGGACCAACUCAAUCAAGUGAAAAUGGGUUUGAGCAGAAAAGGGACACAGCUUUUGAUAUGGUGGAGAGUGGGGUUAAGAGCGAUGGUGGUGGUGCUUCUGGGGGUUUGUUUUACACAGGAAGUUAUGAGUCGGUGUAUGUGUUGGGGCAGUGUGAGGGUGAUUUGGGCACCGACAGUUGUGUGGAUUGUGUGAAGAGUGCUGCAGAGAGGUCAAAAGCUGAGUGUGGUUAUUCAAUUUCUGCCAAAGUGUAUCUCCAAAAGUGCUAUAUUAGCUAUAGCUAUUACCCAAGUGGCGUCCCAAGCAUAUCUUCAGCAUCAGGGACUGGGCAAAAACCAACACAGAGGACAGUAGCUAUUGCGGUAGGAGGUUUGGCAGCUUUUGCCUUUGUUAUUGUUUGCCUGUUGUUUCUUAAAUCACUGAUUAAGAAACGAGGUGGUAAGCAUGGAGGCUUUGUUUGAUUGCUCAUAUAUGGUGAGAGGAGGGCGUUGAAGUUUGCAAUGCUUUAUGAGAUCGGUGGGUCUAAUUUUUUGACAGUAGCUUUUAUAUGAGAGAACAGAAAGUAAAGUUAGGCAGAAUUUUAUUGGGGAAUGUGAAAGGGAUAAGAUACUACUAACUUUAGCAGCAGUUUGUUCUCAUGUACGAAGGAUUUUGAGCUAUACUGAAUGUGAAUCCAGUUUUAGUUGCUAAUUUGCUCUCUACUUGGAUGUAUAUCCAUAAAGGAAACUUUACAUUUUUUUU